AUGACCUAUUACGAGACGAAAGCGCUCCCCGCCUCCGACCUGGUCUGUGGAGACAUCGUGCACCUCAGGGCCAGCAAUAACAUCCCCACAGACAUCAGAAUCCUAAGCCACUCUGGUGACAUACGAUUCGAUCGUUCCCUCUUAACCGGAGAGUCAGAAGAGGUCGAGGGUGCAGUCGACGUCACCGACACCAGCUUUCUUCAAAGCCGGAACAUUGCCCUUAUGGGAACCACUGUGCUCAACAGAAGCGGCGUGGGUGCUGUCGUGCUGACUGGCGUAAAGUCCGUCAUCGGUCACGUCGCACACUCUUCGGUCAACGUCAAGAAGGAAGCCGUUCUAAUUCAACAGGAGAUAUGGCGCUUCGUCAAGAUGAUCGUCUGCAUGACCAUCUUCCUUGCCCUGCUAAUCCUGCUCACUUGGUUUGACUCGAUCGUUGAUGCCAUCCGCUUGGAUCGUCUCGUCUUCCAAAGCCUACAGAAGGUUAGCUGGUCCGAGAUUUGGCUUGUUAUCCUCAAUGUCUUCUUCGCCUCGAGACCAUCGGCGCGACCACUUGAUUACUCUCAAAUCUACGCGCAGGCAUACCUUUUUGUUGGGUUUAUGGAAACCAUCACGGCUCAAUCCACGUUCUUCCUCUACAUGUGGAGGCACGCCGGCAUGCCCGUCUCGGAACUUUUUUCCCUUUUUGAGCACAACCGCGAGGGAUUUCAUGGCUAUACCCAAGUCGAGUUGGACCACUUCGACGCCACGGGUCUGUGCGUCUAUUUUGUCACCCUUGUCUUUUUGCAGCUGGGCAAUGUCCUCGCCAUGAAGAACCGCCGUCCAGGCAGACCCGUUCAGAAAGAAGCGGCGCAACCCGUGGCUCAUACUGAGUAUGGCAAGUAG